AUGACUGAUUACCACGAAGAGCAGGCAAUGGAGAUGGAGGCUCUAGAAGCCAUCUACAUGGACGACUUUACUAAGCUAUCGGAUAAGCCGUUGACGUAUCAGGUGCACGUGGUACCCAAUCAGGACGGUGAUAGUAACUUCGUGGCGCUGCAGCUUAAAGCAAAGAUCCCAGAAAAAUACCCUGACCUGGAACCAGAGAUUGAGGUGAUUGUUCUGAAAGGGCUGGUGGAUCGUCAAGUGAAGGAGAUCAAGCAGCUAUUAGCACAACAGAUCGAGGAGAACAUGGGCACGGCCAUGAUGUAUACGUUGACGGAGGCAGUGCGAGAAUACUUGGUUGAAAACAACCGCGAAGGAAAUGAUGGAUCUGAGCAUCAGGAAAUGUUGCGUCGCAUGGAGCUGAAGAAAGUGGCGGAGGAGAAAGUCGAGGCGGAGAAAUUAGAGCAGGCCAAUGUAAAGGGCGAGGGGAACCAGCGUGAAUUUCACGGUACACCUGUCACUGUUGAGACUUUCGCUGCCUGGAAAGCAAAGUUCGAUACUGAAGUGACAAGUAUAAAGGAAACUUCUCUCAAGAAAGAAGCCACAGCUAAACUUACCGGUCGUCAAUUGUGGAGCAAGGGAUUGGUCACAGAAGAUGAAGCGGUUGAAGAGGAAGAUGUUUAA